AUGGUCUCUCGUCUUUUCCUUCUUGUGCUACUCUCCUGCUUGGUAUCUGUUCACGCUUCCGGUAGCCGGAUCAACAUCGUCAACAACGGUUAUCGAGAUAUUGUCGUAGCCAUUUCACCCGAUGUUCCCCCAGAUGAAGCUGACGAUUUAUUGGACAACAUUCAAUUGCUCAUCACCGAGGCUUCUUAUGAUUUGUAUGAAGCCACAAGACACCGAUCCUACAUCGAGUCGGUGCGCAUUCUGAUACCCCAGACGUGGGUAAACGUCACAGUAACCAAUGCCAGCACCUGGGAAAACUUUCAGGAUGCCGAUAUUCGUAUUGAUCUUCCAAAUUGGAAACGUGGAGACAAGCCAUACUCCGUGCAAUUUGGGGGAUGUGGUGAUCCUGGCGAAUACAUUCACUUAACUCCCAGUUACGUCAUGAAUUUUGAUUCUGAACCAAACGUAUUCAAGUACGGACCAGCAGGUAAAGUUUUUGUGAGGGAAUGGGCUCGACUGCGUUACGGAGUGUUCGAAGAGCACGGCUACACGGGCGAUGAUGCUUCGUUUCCAAUGUUCUACCGAUCGGCAUCUACCCAACAAACGGCCGAUUUAGUACCCAACGUUUGCUCCAACGAGCCAGUAAAUGACUUCACGUUUGACUACGGAUGUUAUGUCGAUCCGGAAACGGGCCUGUAUGACCCGAACUGCACCUACAGUUUCACCGACCAGUUUAAACCAGGCAAUGGAUUUCUGUGA